UCUCAGAUUGUCUUUGCACUUCUUGCCGCGUGUCUCAAACUGGAUUCCCUGUCGAAAUAGAUUAUGAGUAGAGCGUACCAAAGUACUUGUUGAUUUUUGCAAGAAACAGUACGUGAGUGCUUUUAGUAUGGCUACACCACCUAAGAGGAUAUGUUCAAGUCCCAUUUUCAACAGCAGUUUUGAAAAGACAGUCAAGAAGAUAUCUAUUGAAGGAAACAUUGCUGCGGGAAAAUCGACCUUUGUGCGGUUGUUGGCAAGAGCAUCGGAGGAGUGGGAAGUCAUACCGGAGCCCAUUGGGAAGUGGUGCAGUGUUCAGACGACAGAAAAUGAGUUUGAGGAACUCAGUACAUCCCAGAAGAGUGGAGGCAACCUGCUGAAGAUGAUGUAUGACAAACCCAGCCGCUGGUCUUACACCUUCCAGAGCUACACCUGUUUGAGUCGAGUUCGUUCCCAGCUUCAGGCCCCCUCUGCCAAGCUGCAACAAGCAGAGAAUCCAGUCCAGUUCUAUGAACGCUCUGUCUACAGUGACAGAUAUGUUUUUGCUUCAAACCUCUUUGAAUCUGGAGAUCUGAAUGAGACAGAGUGGGCGAUCUACCAGGACUGGCAUGGCUGGCUCCUCUCUCAGUUUGAGACUGAGAUUGAGCUUGAUGCAAUGAUCUAUCUGCGGACAGAUCCUGAGAAAUGUAUGCUGCGCCUUAAGCACAGAGGACGUGAGGAGGAACAGGACAUCCCUCUGGAAUACUUGGAGAAACUGCAUUAUAAGCAUGAAUGCUGGCUCUAUAACAGAACUACAAAGCUUGAUUUUGAGUACCUGAAGGAUCUUCCUAUUCUUGUACUGGAUGUUAGCGAAGACUUCAAAAAUGACAGAAUUAAGCAGCAGGAACUGAUUGACAAGGUGAUGGAGUUCCUGAGUAUGUGCUGACCUGAGGCCUCGUGCUUCUCACUCUUCAUUGGACACAAGUUUGCUAUUAGGUUAACCUUUUUAAACAUUUUACCUGAAAUGUACCUCAAACUCCAAUCAAAGGAAAUGCAUAAGUUUUAUUUAUAUAUAUA